AGAUCGCGAGUGUACACUCGUAUGAGGAGAUCCCGAACCCGAGAACACGUGUCGGGAGUGUAGUAGUCGCCUCAGAUCGCCCCGAUUAUUAAACAAGUCAAACUCGAUCGGCCCGCGCGCGUCUCGAGAGCGUGCCGACAUAAAAGGAAAUAUUACGCGCGUACGAAGAGACAAACGAUAACUCGUUUUCUCACCAGCGCGAACGGGCGAAUAAUUCACGCUUGAUAAAUCCCGCUGUCAAAGAAUCGCGUUUCUCGCCGGGAUGGAGGACGCAAAAAAGCCGCACGAUCAAUCCGACGAUAAAGAGGAAGAGUACGUGGUGGAGGAAGUCUUGAAUAAGCAAUUGGACACCGAUAUGAAUUACCGGCACGAGUACUUGUGGCGGCGUGUUCUCAUUCAUACGACCCUACAACUGUCGUGGCUCAUAGGAAUGUACAUGAUAAUCUUUCACGCGAAACUGGCCACCAUUCUUUGGGCGAUCUUUGUCGGCUUCUGGGUCUCCGAGGGUGUCGCGUUGGGUGCGCAUCGCGGUUUUAGUCAUAAUCAGUUCAAGAUGUCCAAAACGCUAAAAUUCAUCCUUCUUUUCUUGCAGACUAUGUCAGGUCAGAACAGCUUGUACAAUUGGGUUAGGGAUCAUAAACUUCAUCACAAGUAUAGCGACACGGACGCGGACCCUCACAACGCCAGCAGAGGAUUCUUCUUCGCGCACAUAGGCUGGCUUCUCGUCAGCAGGCAUCCGCUCUUGCUCGAGAAGCAGCGGCAAGUCGACAUGUCCGAGUUUAAAUCCGACAAAUUGAUCAUGUUCCAAUACAAUUACUUCCUGCAAAUCUACUUCGUCGUGGCGGUCCUGUUCCCGGUGGCGAUACCAAUGUACUUCUGGAACGAGACGCUAUGGUCGUCGUUCUUUGUGGCGUAUUUGUGGCAGUACGUCACCAACCUCCACAUAGCUUGGACCAUAAACUCGUUCGCUCAUUUGGGGAGCAUCAAAACUUACGACAAGAGAAUAAGAGCGAACCAGUCGCUGUUCACUUGGAUCGUAACCAUCGGCGAAGGUUGGCACAAUUUCCACCACGUGUUUCCUUGGGAUCACCGAAUGUCAGAACCAGGGCAAAUAAACGGCAUAAGCACAAAAUUACUCCAUGUCUUCGCUUAUUUGGGACUGGCUUCGGAUCUGAAGGUAGCUUCGCCCAGCGUCGUCUACGGACACAUGAAGAGGCACGGAGACGAAACGGGAAAGAAAACCUACCUCGAGAAAUGCGAAGAGCGAAACGAUCUGUUUGAGAGGUUAUCGACGAUGAUGAUGUUGGGUUAAAUCAUAACGUACCCGAAGACCUUAAGGCUCAUAAUUAAAACAGAAACAUAUUCAAGCGAAUUGUAUGUAAAAUAUAAUAUCGACGGAAGGGCGUACAGGAUAAUAAUCGAGUGGUAUCGCGAGCGGCGAGCGUGAUAAAACGACUGUAGCAGAUCAAUGUAAACCCUAAAUAAAGCGCUGCUGUGCACCCGCAGUAGGAUUAA